UGAUGCUCACCUCAUAGUGAGUGGGAAGCUGUUCAUCUCCGUCACCAGGAUCAGUGAUGGCAAGAACAUCCUUCUCUCCCAGUUUGACACCAAAGAAGAUCUCAUACAGGCAGUGAUGUGCUCGUGCUUCAUCCCAGGGAUCAGUGGCUGGCUUCCCCCAACUUUCCAUGGGGUGCGCUAUAUAGACGGAGUGUGCAGCAAUAACCUGCCUCACCUCGAUGACCUCACUGUCACUGUCAGCCCUUUUGCUGGUCAUUCCCAGAUCUGCCCCCGAGACCAUGAAUAUAUUUCAUACUCGGUAUUGUUGAUGAAUUCUGUAAAAAAAUUAUUUGGUUAAAGUAGCUGUUACCUGCCAGUAAAUUCCCAGGCGAAAUGUAUUGCAGCACCAAGUACAGUAGCUGAGUGAAUAGUAUUAUUAACAAUAAUAAUUUUGAUUUAGAAAGUACAGUAUACAGAACAUAAUAUGGUAGUAAAUUAGUUGUUACAUUGGAUGUGCAUUUAAUAAAGCCACUAACAUGUAAAGUGUUUCAGGCAUAAUGUAAAAUAAUUUUUAAAUUAUUCAUGGGUUUGAUGGGGUAAAUACUUAAUACUAACUGAGAAGCUAACAUAUAUGAAUUGCUCAAGAAAUUUAGCAAAUGGUUUACAGAUUUUAAAUGAUACCUAAUGAAGAAAGGUAUAGACUACUUUAUUAUAGAAUUUGUACUUUAGCAACAGAAUAUGUAUUUUGUGCUCAACUAGAUGCUUGACAGCUGUAUUAGGACCUUGGCCUAUAUAGGACUAUAAUAUUCUUUAAUCAGUAAUUAGAAUUUUUCCCAAUGAAGAAAAAGCCUAGUAUUGACUGUAAUUAAAGAUCUACGUCUGGUAGAGUUUCAGUGGCUCAAUAAGAUAUCUUAAUGAGAUUGUGCUCCAUUCUAAAAGAUUACAUCAGUCGCAGAAGUUCUGUUUGGCCUACAGGGGACCAGAGCCAAAACCUGGCUUCCCCCUUCAAAGGUGCAGGGAGUGAGUAACAAUUUGCCACCCAACUGAAAAAGCAUCCAGAAAGUCAGUGAAACUUUAAAAGACAACUCAAGAGUUCACAGAUUAUUAACCCUCAAAACAGCCAAAUGAUUCACACAAAACAAGGGAUUCACUCAAACUCAAGACUCAUCAGUACAGUACUUAUUAUCACCAGGCGGCUUGACCCCAAUCCACAGCCGACUCCACUGACUAGCCAAUUCUAGAGCUGAUGAACAGCCCACCAAUGGACCUAGAGGGAAGGGCAGGAAUCGGGGAGCUACCAGGGUACCACCAGGGCUCUACCAGAAAGAGGUGUUUCAUUAUGGUCAAUGCUGGUAGUAGGAGAGGUGGCAGGCACUAAGACAAACAAGAUAUCCCAGGCUUGGAGAUUCAUUCUUCACCAGAAAAGGAGGAGAAUGUUGCAAACGAAGAAACUGGCCACCAGGCCCAAUAGAAUAGAACUCCUGUCUCCAGAGAAGAGCCUGAAACUCGCCAAAUUUACAGCCGAAGGCAAGAGCCAUCAAAAAGACUAAUGAAAGGGAAACCAUGAACCGAGGUGAGGCGAGAGAAACCAAAAUUCGGUCAAGAGACGAGGAUGGCUCAGGAGCAGCACGAGACAACUUGCAGAAUGACACAUUGGAGGUGUCAAAUCUGAACGCAAGCAGUAGCUGCUCUGCCAACACUGAACGAUAAGUAUUAAGAAGUAUAGUGACAGUAUUAAGCAUGAGAUGCCAAUCAAUAAACAACUAUGACAAAACACACAGGACAUCCCUAACCGGAGCCGAAGAAAAGCGAUGAAGACGCAGAUAGUGACAAAACUAAUACCAGACAGCUUCAUACUGCCACUGAGAGGAAAGAUGGAGGUGGGCCACCAACAAGCAGUCGCCUGCUGGUCAUUCAAAUAGUGAUAGAAACUCCAGAUGUGAAGAGCAUAGAUCAAACCAGUGAAAUACAUUGUGGGACUGAUCUGAAACAGAUGGUGCUAGCUGGAAAAUACCCACACUGCAAAAGAAGAGGAGGAGUAUCCUCUGUUGUUGGUUUUUCUUGAGUUUCUUUGAGUGUCCUGUGCUGCUAUAUAAUUUCAGCUGUACAAUUUCUGCUGUGCAACUUCAUCAGGGUAAUUUUUAGCUGUACAAUUCUAGUAUUUUCUAAGCUGUCUUCUAUGGCUCAUGCAUUUAGACAAAUAUACAGCUAUAUGUUUUCAUAUAACACAUUUAAAGAAUGGUAUAUUAUGCACAGUAUACAAGUUAAGCAGUUAAGAUUUCUUUUAAUAAUAAUACUGUAAUACAGUAAUAAUGUCAGCAAAUCAGUUAUUGGUGACUGACAAAUAGACGUUUAACUAGAAAAGUAUAAAACACUAAUAGGGUUAUCUGACUUGUAGCUGCAGGAAAUAAAAUAAGUGCUGUGCUGUACAGUGUAAUUUCUGAUGGGACAAAUAAAGUAAACUGCCAAUUUCUGAAUCUAUGUAUUGAUCAGGGUCCAGUUAAGUUCUCUGGAUUAUACAAAAACUGGUUGGAUAUCCUGGGGGUACAGUAGACUACAAAAUCUUGGGAUUACUCAAUCUUUUGGAUGACCAAAUGAGGGAUUUGGUCUGAAUUUGCUUGGAUAAUCAAAGGACCACUGUAUAUAUCACUUAAACUGACUGUUUCCUAAAACUGUAUAUUGAUCAAGAGAACUAUGACUAACAGGCCCUGAUUUGCUCGGCGUUCAUACCUGGGUUUAGUGGCUGGGCUUGCCCAAAAGUACAAGGUAUACGUUACAUUGAUGGGGGCUUCUCCAACAACCUUCCCGAGAUGGACGAGAAUACAGUCACGGUUGCACCAUUCUGCGGCGAGGCUGAUAUCUGCCCAAAGGACAGUACAGCAGGACUAAUGACGAUCAACCUUGCUAACACAAGUAUUGAACUCAGUAAAGAAAACUUGUAUCGCUUUGCCCGUAUACUGUUCCCGCCCCCACCUAAAGUUCUUAACAAGAUGUGUCAGCAAGGGUUCAAUGAUGCCCUGGAUUUCCUCCAAAGAAACAAUCUAAUCAAUUGCACACGAUGCCUCGCAGUUCAGUCUAGAUUUAAUUUGACGGAAUCCCAUGAGGCUCAUAAUGGGUCGGUGCACGAGAUGGACUGUUUCGACUGUCAUCAACAAAGAAAGGAAGCCAUCAUUGAUCAGUUGCCAGAAGCAGUUGGAAGUAUUCUCCAAGAUGCUAUUAACAAGGCCAACCAAGGUCUCAUGAACUGGGUCUUCAAACACAAGUCCAUGAAGCUCCUCUCCAUAUUAACAUUGCCUUAUGUCUUACCCUUUGAUGUUGCCUAUGCCGCUUUCCUCAAGUUCAUGGGUUCAGCCCCAACAGCCAGUGAUAUCAAGAACUUGGCCAAUCAAAUUAUCUCCCUGGUGCAGGCUCUUAUCCGAUCAUCAAAACAGUCUCCCUUGCACCAUCGACACCGACACGAGAGCAAGUUCUCUUGCCAGUUGGCCAUCACUCAAUUCUCAGGCGAGGUGGAGAUGCAGCACCUCCAAAACCGUCACAACUUUGACUUCACUCUUGAUCUGGAUGAUGUGAAGGGAGUGCCACAAAGUCACAAGGAUGCCAUGCAGUUGGAAUCACAAGCCUUGACUGAGGUUGCUCUACGCUGUGCCUCACGGUCCAUAUCUCGAGCAGGUUCUCGCAUGGCAUCUCGUGCUGCUUCCCGAGCUGUCUCGAGAGCGGUGUCUCGUAGACCAUCGCUGAAUGAUGUGUCCGACCCCAGUCUUUAUGAUUUAGUUGAUGAAAUUCCUACGGGACAUAUUAGUGAUGAUGCUUUUGAACAAAUUCUGGAUGUUACAACUCACCAAGAAGCCCUGAUGGCAUAUUACUAUUUGGAUGACAACAAUGAGGUUCAAGUCACCGAGAUCUUUGACUUGACGAGGGAUGAAAACAGUGCAGCUGACGAUGGAGGGAUAGAGAUGGAUAACAGUCACUGGGACUUACAAAGAGAGAUGCAGACAAGGCCCUGGUCUUUAAACAUGCGUAAUGACUCCAUUAGUUCGGAGCGAGGCUUUGAGGUGGAGGUUACUGUGGCUUCUGACACGGAGUCUGAGCACUACCACAGAGGGAACAUUGACCCUGAGGCAGACCAAGUUGUUGCGGGAGCAUCAUCAUCAUCACGACAGACUGCCUCGCACUUCAACUCCAGUACACAUUGAACAUAAAAAUAUAAUCUUCCAGUCAAGACAAUCGACUUGAGAAUGGUCCAGGACGGACCGAAACAUCGUCGUCCCUUUACUUUCUAGUGUGUGGGUUGGUCAACAUAUUUCAGCCAUGUUAUUGUGACUCCUCGUCUGCAUAUAAUCUUCCAUUUUUUAUCUGAAGUAUUUAUGUUACAUUUUCAAAAUGGGAAAUAUCGUUCCCAUGAAAGGUGCUAUUUUAUGAUAAUUUUUAGUAUACUGUAUGUAGAUUAUGUAAAUGUGUCUUGUAGGAGUCAGUUGUGUAUUAAAAGAAUCUACCUAUAUUAUUGCAAUACAGUAUUUAUAAAUGCAUAAUACAUUUUGCUGUAUCAGCAAACAUAUACUGUAGCUAAAUAUUUAUGUAAAGGAUAAACUAUGCUAGAUUAUUUGAUUUGCUAUAAUUGUCCGCAAUUUAGUUUAUCCCUCUACUAGUAAGAAGAGAGCAAAGUUUUUUUUUCAUACUGUACCUCAGCCAUGAAGAACCUCUAGCAAACAAUUGGAACCUGGCCUCUUUGGGGAGGUUUAAUGUAGAAAUAUCACACAAAAUGUAUUUUUCCUAAUAACCAUUAGAAUUCUCCAAUUUAAAAAAAAAAAAUACACAAUGUACAUACUCAGUGGAACCUCAGUAGUCCAGAUUGUGAUGAACUGGAAUUGUUAACCUUCAAAUAUCUUCUGGGAUGUUGUUUACUCAUGCUAGAACAUGAAGGUAGUUCGGAGAGAUUCUCUCAGCCGAACAUCACAAAUACAGUACUGUACCACCACUUGUUUUUGGCUUCAUUUAUUUGUUAUAUACAUUAUUAAAAAUGACUAAAAUAUUAGUACACUCAUACAGUAGUAACUAUUCCCCCUAGUUUAAUGAAAUUUGUAUUUGUAUGGUAUCAGCAAGUGAAGUUGAUAAACAUGAGACGAGAUAAUUCUAUGACAUACAGAGCAGCUCCCCAGGUAAAUGUUAUGUGACGUAAGAACCAACAUGUAGGUUAAUGGUUGGAAAGAAUUUGCUAUUAGAAUAAAUCUUGGGCAUCUGCUGAAGUCUUUUUAAACAGACCAGAAUAACUCUGCAUUAGAAAUACCAGCAAAGAGUCUGGUGUUGGAGAAGCCAUGAUAAAUUUACUGCUCAAUAGACUAGAAUUUUUGUUUUUUCUCCUCUUUGCACCAUAACUGCUGCUGAGACAUAGAUAGCAAUGGAAUUAAAGGAAAAAGAAUGCAAUGCUAUGUAUCCAGGCACAAAUUCUUUGUGCCUGGACUGAGCACAAGGUUCUUGUAAAUUCAUGCACAAUGAUGGUUUAUGCAAAUUGGUAAUUUGUUAUCCCAAACCAUUUUAAUUGAAUAUAGGCCUAUUCAAACAAUAGUUGAUUUAAUUGGAGUAGAGUUCUUUUUAGUGGUCCCUCUCUAUAAUGAUUAUCAUCACUCGAGCAAAACACAUACAUGACCAUCUUAAAUACUGUACAUUAAAUAUGUUUAUAAAUUUAUUAAUGCAAGAAUAUAAAAAGUAUCAACCAGGAAAUAGUUAAGUAUUUAGCAGUACUGGUGCAACGAUGGAUGCCUAAAGCUUGCUCACCAUCAGCUAUACUUAGCCUAGCCCAGCCUAACCUAGCCUCCUCCAGGUUUAUCUGACUUCCUCCAGCUUUACUUAGCCUUGUUUAACCAAGUUUUCACAUAAUAUCUUCUGUCAUGGACUAGUAUGAAUAAUUAGGGUUUGCAAUUUAUUCUCAGUUUGAAAGCCCCAAACCAUUUAGUCAAAAAGCACCAAAGACAUUUUUAGUCCGGAAACCAUGAUAAUUUGGAUGGUGUUUGAUCUUAAUUGGAGCAUAUUAUUGAUGUUCCAUGUAUUUACUAGUGGGAACUCCAGGUCCAGCCCACAAGGCAGGUUUCCUCAUACUUUAUGAAGAGAAAGAGUUGUUGACCGAGGCAUUUGAUAUGUCAUUUUUUCUGAUCUCAAAUACUGAAACAUUCCAAGUUAUUCUCGUCAAGGUGUACAAUACGUGCUAGAUAAAACCCAAAAGCUAAUACAAAAGAUUAGAUACAUAUAACACAAAAUACAUUAUUUUGUUAUAACUUGUAGCAUGUACCUUCCAAUAAUGGGGUUAUUACUCUCUACCUUCCAAUAAUGGGGUUAUUACUCUCUACCUUCCAAUAAUGGGAUUAUUACUCUCUACCUUCCAAUAAUGGGGUUAUUACUCUCUACCUUCCAAUAAUGGGGUUAUUACUCUCUACCUUCCAAUAAUGGGGUUAUUACUCUCUACCUUCCAAUAAUGGGGUGAUUACUCUCUACCUUCUAAUAAUGGGGUGAUUACUCUCUACCUUCCAAUAAUGAGGUUACUCUCUACCUUCCAGUGAUCAGGACUGUUGUUCUGUUACAUUACAAAGUGUGCCAAACUGAUAGAUGUUAACCACUUUCCAUAUGAUAUUUCAUAUACAGUACAAUAAUGUGAAAUCAAUUUGUAUACAUAUUAAGUACCGAGCCUGUGUGCUGCCUGGGAACUUUUAUUGUAAAUUUAAGAUCCCAAUAAUUUACAGUAAGCAAAAUGUACUUAAACUCAAUUUUUCAUUCACAGUAAUUAAACAUUUUGGCUCUACUUAAGUUGUCAGGAGUCUACACUCUACAGCAACAGCUCACAACUGGGGGUUCUGGGUUACAUUUUCACCGAGACAUACAGUUGAGCAUAUUUAUUUUCACCUGAUGCCUAUAUUCACCUAGCAGUAGAGUUACGCACACAAUCUUACAAGAAGUAGUACGACUUAUUUGGAAAGUAUUCCAUUCUAAUCAAGAGAUAUUCUAAAUAUACUUUAAAGUAAAAUUUUUAGACACGACAGGAUUUAUGUGCUGCUCCCCUGGUCUCUUGUUACUAUUGUGUAAGUGGUUAAUAAAGUGUAUUUAUGACAUCCAGUUGCAAUCCAGGAAAAGGCCUAAUAUAACAGGGAUCAUUGUUUUUUUUAAAAAGCAUUGUUCACAGUUUAUGACCAAGUAAAUUUUGGUAUAGGGAUAAUACUAUAUUAGUAUACUGGGGUGUUGGCUCACCUUGGCUCUAAAUGAAAAAAAAAAGGUCUAAUAAAUACUACUGAAGAGGAAUUUUCCUAUGGGUCAAUAUUUUUGUGUGUGUGGGGGGGUUAAACAUCCCAGGGCACUAACGCACGGUUCAGUACACAACUGUAGUUUUUGGUACUAUUGGACAGUCAUGGGUUAUUAAUACUGUUUCAUCGUCCUAGAAUAAUCUUCCUCACUUCUGAAAUCCCUCCAAAUGAGCAUUGAGCACCAUAAAGAAUAAAAUGUAAAUGUUUUUUGAAGGGUCAUUUGUUGACCAAGUAGUCCUGCACUAACCUUAUAUUUUAGUUAUUUGGUGUAAUUAUAACAUUACUUGUCAAUUUGGUAUAAUUAAAGCCCUUUAAUUAUUUAAACUAUGCUUCCAAUGUGUAUUUCAAUAAUGCCACAAGGGCUUACUCCGUAUUUUUCUCUUAAAUGCUUAACAUCCAACUACGGCAAUAUGUACUUGUAUUGGCUCCAUGAUGAAUAUAUUUUCCUUUUAGGUUUUCACUUACUAAAGAUGGAUGUUCAAAAUAUAACUUGAUAAAUCAACUAGUUAAAAAAAAAAAAAAAAAAUUUUUAGCUUGUUUAAUGUUUAAAACUAAAUUAAAAGUUUGUCUUCCACAUUGUUAUUAAAAGGUUAAUAUGUAUAUGAGGUUAAAUUGAACUACACCUACAAAAUAUAGGCUUAAUUUGUACUGGAGUGUAUUGUGUAGUGCUGUUGCUGUGAUGUAAUACUCUAGGUAAAGCCAUUUAUGAAGCAAGUCUCACCUAUUCUCAGAUUUGUUAAACUGACUCUCUCAGUUUAAGAGGAUCUUGGGGGAUAAAGUUGGAAUGUGGAAGUAGGGAAACAGACGAGAGGGGGAGAGACCCGGGUAGCCCAUCUAGCACUACAUAAAAUAUCUUUAUACAUACUGUAUAUCUAUAUCAGUGAAAAUUAUUGCCAAAAAUCAAUUAAAUUUAAUCUUAUUUAUUUAAACCUUUGGUAAAAAUGGGAACUUUUUACAGUACAAUAAAGAAACUACUAUUUCAUUGUGUCUAGUCUAGGUCUUGUAAGUUUUGGUUUGACUUCAAAUAUACUGUACUUUAAUAGUGCAUUACUAUUAUAUUUUCUGUUAUAAGAAUUUACUUAAAUUUAAAAAUUAAAAAAAAAAAAAUUUACCUAAAACCAGUAGUGUUUACAAAUUUAUAAGACACUGCAGGUAACUAAACAAUUUAGCCAGCACUAUUACCUGCACUUUACGUGCAACUAAAAAAUCUACUCAUUCUAGGAUUGGUUCACUCAUUCACUCUACAUCCCUGUAGAGUGCUUGGUCUAACAUCAAAAUUUGAUAAACUGAUAAUUUUUCUUUAGUUUUCUUUGCCAUGAGAACUCUCAUUCCUGCCAGUGAUCUCUUUAAAAUUAUUUAUUUGUUUUUCUCCGAGAACAGUACUAGUGCCAACCUCACAAUCCUUAGCCAUGAUCACUUUAGUACGUCAAAUAAAUCAUUUUAUCCAAGUUAUGCUACCUCGUCUUCCCCUUCUAGUCUGAAUAAUAUAACUCUCUCACUUCUUUUUCACUCAAAUGUAGCAAUAAAAAAAAUGAAAACCCUCAGGUAACAAUAGGUAAAAUAAUUUAUCAAAGCAAAACUAUAUUUUAUCGCUAAUAUUUAAUACUAAAGGAAAACAAUAAAAAAGUAAACAUUUACUGGCCAGCACUAGUUUGGCCAAGAGUUUCUCUUAUUAUGAAAUUUCAUGAAAGAGCGAUUCUUGUUAUGAACAUCGAACUAUUGUUCUAAUAAAAUCUUAAAAUUACUUUUUACGUAAUUACUAUAAUGAUCGUCUAAAUUAUUUAAGUCACAUUGCAUUAUUUCUUCAACUAUCAACAUAUAUUAUUUUCCAGUGCUAUGUACAGUAUUCAUUGUACAAUAUAUUCUUUGGCAGCUGUAAAUAUCUUAAUUACAUCACUUUGUACAUAUAAAAAUGUGUGCUUGAGGCAGUUAUUAAAAGUAAAUAUUCAGA